AUGAAAAUCGAAAACGACGCCGAUCCGUAUAUGUGGUUUAGUGAGUGUCUGCAGGGUUCAGAGCAACAGGACUGGAUGAAAGACGUGGGACUGGACUGGUUUGAUGAGGAACUGUUGGGCCGACCCGAAUCUCCGGCGUCACAACCCUCGGUUAACGGUGAUGACGAAGUCGGUGACCGUCACCGGAACCAUCACCACCAACAUCACCAUCAUCAUCACCAUCAGCACCAACAUCAGAAUCACCAGUACCAGAAUCACUAUUCGCAUGAUUACCCGUCGUAUACCAUAGAGUCUUCGGCAUGGCUUAUACAACAGAAUCAGCCACAGUCGACCGAUUCUGAGGACGAUUCAUUGCCACCGCCCAUUUUGCCGCCCAUGAUACCCGGUACCAGAAGUUUCUCAGAUGAACUUCACAGGAUCCGAAAACCUUACUCCUUAAGUUCACCCGCCUCCACCACGGGGCCACUGGUAAGACAUCAUAUCCGUUUAUAUAUUUAACUUAUGAUUAUUAAUAGAGUAUAUAAUAUUCACUACAUAGUAAGUUAUACUUAAUUAUCUAGGAGAUUAAUCUCGAAAUUAUUAAGAUGAUUGGUACAUCCUGUAUUUAAAAGAUAAAAGACAUAUUCUUCGAAAUUGUUAGAAAAAUAAAAUUGUAUUAAUUUAAAAAUAACUAAAUUUCCUUUAAAAUCCAUUUACAAGUAGUUGUUUAUCAUUUAUUUUACAAGUAUUUAAUUUUUUAUAAUAAAACCAAUGAAAAAUAUUUAAGAAACCAAAUUAAGAAUCCAAAUUUAUAAAGAAGAGAGCCAGCAAUGUACUUAUGAGACGUUGGUUUUAGUUUUUCGAUAUUAUUGUUAUGGGAAAAAGCCAAAAUCGGGCAUAUUACAGGGAUGUUCGUGCAAAACGAUACUUGGGCAAAACACCAUAAAACGUCAUACUUCGGCUUUUGCUCGAACAAACCUAGUAGUGAGUAGUGGCCAACCUCACUUGAAAAAAAACUGUAAUAUCCAUAAAUUCACUGUAGUUAGAUAACAUAUUUAUUUUUUAAUAUUAAAUAUAAAUAACGAUAAAAUAAGAUUUUAAGAAAUUAUUUCAAUAAGUUUAAAUAAUAAUAAAAUUAAUUUAAUGAUAUUGGGUAUGAUGUUGAUUUUAAGAAUUUUAUUCUAUUAUUUAAUUUUUAUUUCUAAUAAAAUUAUAAAAUUGUAAAAUUACCAAAAUUAAAUAUUACAUAUUAUUAGGUAUAUCAACAUAAAUACGUAUUUUGUUUAUUUGUUGUUACAUAUAUUGGAACAAUGGUAUUUGGAACUACAAAUAAUAUUGUGUCUUUUACAUUUACACCGCCUUGUAAGUACACUUAGUUUUGCAAGAAUAAAAAACAAACCCUUAUCCCUCAGUUAAUGCAUUUUUAAUACUCGCUGUCCUAUAUGAUAUUUCAAUAUUCGGUACAUCUUUAUUAGUAAUACAUUGGUCCUUGCAAGAAAGGAAAGUUUAUUUUAUAUUGUUACUAUAUGUUAAAAAUUAGAUAUUUUCGUGUAAGGACCAAUUUAUUACUGAGGAGAGCGAGUAUUUUAAUGUUAUUAACAAUGUAUCUACCUACCGUGAAAAAUUAAAAUUUAUAGACAUUACAGUUUUGCCCAAAUGAGGUUGGUCUCUACUAGCUUUUUCCGGGCAAUAGCCAAAAUAUGACGUCUUGCCCGGGCAUUUCUGAGAUGUACCCGAAUUCGGCUUUUGCUCGUAACACCAUUACUACGCAAGUAUUGUCCGAUUUUGAAAAACCUUAAAAUUAUCAGAUUUUAAAACGUUAUAACUUUUUUUUUGAACUAUAGUGCCGAGAGUUUCUUUUCUUAUGUAACUCCAAAGUUCAAUACGACGAUAACUAUAUUACACCUUACAACGUUAGGGUUUUCGCUCAAUUUUCACCUACGUUUACUCAAACGUGAAUCGAUUUAAUGAGUUUUUCGUUAAUCUAAGAUUGUACGGCCGUAAAUAGUAUUAAGUAAAAUCGAUUAAUAAUAAAUAUUAAAUUUUCAACGCGGGAUUGUACUAGAUCUAAAAUUCGAAAUUUAAAAAUUAAGGACUAUCCCAAAAUUAAAUAUUAUUUAUAAAACUCAGUAUUUUUACCAAUCAGAACCGGAUUAAGAAAUCGAAAAGGGCUAAUCGAAGACUAUGGCAAGAGAUCCCAUAUGGAAAAAGGACUCUGGCAAAACGUUUUAAAAAUUAAACUCCUAUACAUUUAGAACAAAAUAAUCGAAUACAGAGUUCUAUGCGUCUAGUUUAUUUAAAGCUUUUGUUUGACGAUAAUUUAUUUUUCUCGUUGCACAACUUGUUAUGUAUAUACAUGUAUUGUAUUUUUCUGUAAAACUAAGGCUACAUUUUUUGAUAUCACUGUCGAAAACUACUGAUAAAAUUAUUUUCGAUUAUAAUUCCAGUGAUUUUUUUAAUCAUAAUAUUUAUAAUAUUAUUUUGAUGUCAACCUUGAAUAUUUUACAAUUUGUUGAUUAUCGUUUUUAUUUUUUUUAUUCGAAAUCGUAUAAAAUGAAACCUUUAAAAUUAAUAAUAUAUUUUUAUUUUUUUUUACUUCAUAACAAACAAUUUUAUAUUCUUUACUCUAGUAUUUUUUAAGUGGGUAGUACGUAUAAUACAUGCCGUGUAUAUACAUUUACUCACUUAUCGUAUAUACAUAUAAUAUAUGUAUGAAAAAGUGCACUUGCACUUGAAGAGCUGUAAAAAACGAUAAAGGUUAUGCAUGUAGUUUAUUAUUAGUAUAUAAGGUAUACUUUUCGGCGGUAAAAUUGAAAUUUGUCGAAAAAUUCUUACGUAAAUAAUUUAUUGGUUUACACACAUUACUACAUAAUCUCUUUAAAUUAAAUUUAAUGUAUCCGUUAAUAUUUUAUUAUAAUAAAACGACGUGUUAGUUAUGGUAAUUCGCGUAUCUUAAAUUUAAUUUGGGAAUAAUUUGUACCCAUUUCAUUAAAUGUAUAUAAUAUAAUAACACGCAAUUAGAAUUUUGUUAUACAGAUUAUAAGCAAAAAAGUAAAAAUUACCUAUAGCGAACUUUGGGUGAAAUUUUCAAGAAUUUUUUAAAAACAUCAAACUUUAUAUCCAUAUAAACUAGGGUUUCGCAUCAAAAUUGCGUUAUUCGGGUUUCAUGUCUCGGGUUUUGAAAGUGAAUUCCGGUUAAAAUUUUUGGUUACGGUUAAAGGUAAAUUGAUUUGUUACGAUUAGUUCAGGUACCUAUUAAAAAGAAAACCUCAUUAACCAUCGGUUUUCGAUGCAAAUUUGAUUAUAUUUUUUGUAAUAUAUGUAUUAUAUAUAAUGUUCAGUCUACGAAUCAUUUAAACUGAAUUAAAAAAAAAACAAAAUCGAAAAUUGUAUGAAAUUGUUAUUUUUUCGAGUUUUUUAUUUUUUAUAGUUUUUUAAUUCUUCUUCUUCUUUUUUUAGCCGUUAAAAUAAUAUAUAAUAUCCUAUCAAUUUUUUCUGUCUUACAAAAUUUCAUCUGUACCCAUUGCAUUCAGAUCUUCUGUUACUCUGUCAAUCCACCUCUUUCUGGUUUAUCCCCGUGGUUGUUUUCCUUGAGAUAUUCAUUCGAAAAUAACUCUUAACUGUCAUUCGCCCCAUUCUCAUGAGGGGGUUCAUGCUCCCCGAUUCUUAAAAUAUGGUCUAGCUAUUGUCUUCUUUGGCCUUUGACGGAGUUAGUUACCGGUCGGAAUUAGUUACCAUAAUUUCCUUCAGUUACCUAUGAUAUCUUCUUCGCCAACUUCCCAUAUUUGCAUUGAACAUAAGGCCACAGAUUUCCCUUUAUACAAUGUUUUCGAUUAUUCUUAGCCACUUUUCCGUUACCGUCGUUGUCAUCCAAGUUUCACAUCUAUAUGCCAAUGUGGAUCUUAUAACUGACACAUUUAAUUUCCCCGAUAGCAUUUUGUCCGUGAAUGCGUUUCCUAUAAUAUGCAGAUCACCUGUGAAUUCGAGUACUAUUGUUGUUGUUUUCGAAUUGACUGCGUCCUACGCACCGCAUCUCCCUUUUCAAGCGCAUAGCCAGGGUAGGGGACCAACAAGGGUAGCUCAUGUUAAAAUCAAUAGUAUAUUACAGUACAUGAAAUGAAAUCGAGUAUCAAAGUACAUUAAAUUAUUGUUUUUCCCGGGAAACCAAUAAAUUAUAAUUUUAUGAAAAUCAAAAACUUUAUCAAUUUUUGAAAAUCUUAAUUGAAUUUAUUUAUCGGUUAUUUGAUUGGCACGUAGCAAUAGAAUAUUUUAUAUUUUUGGAAUAAAUAAUAUUUAAUUUUUUUUUAUGGUGCUUUUUUUUAAGUUAAAAACUUUUCUAUACAAAAUCUUGUUCCAUUCAAAUACUUUAAAGAACUUCUAAGAUGAAAAUUGUUUUGAUAUUAAUUUUGGAUUUUUUAAUAAAUAGGAAGAACUGGCCAUUGCAUGUACAAUUUUUGUUGAUUUCUGGAUUACCUUUGUAAAAAGGAAAAAUAGAAACAAUGUUCUGCUCACAAUCGCUUUUCAUUGAGUACAGAUAUAAAUGAAAUUACGUUGUGCAUUCUUCUUUUCAACUGCCCAUCUGAAACAGUAGCACACCCGUCAACAGUGUCAGCUUUUUUUAUUAUUUCUUCUUUUCAAUUGUUUUAUUACUUAUAAUAUACAUAUUUUUCCCACACGAUCUUUCCAUCCUAAACACGUUUACUUGAUGGGCUUUCCCUUAUUGGUUCAUCUUCAAUUACCGAUUUUAAUCAUUCCCCACGCCAGUCAUUUUUUCGUUUUUCACAGUCGUCGAAAUAGAUUUCGGAGUUAUUCUUUGUGUAAUCUUUACUUUUAUUCUGCACUCAUUGCGCUUACAAGUUACGCGACGUGCCUGUGGCCAUUAUAGUAUGUUCACCUUAGCAUAUUUUCUUUUCAAAUAUUUCUACCCUCAAUUCUUCAGUUUCCCUCAGAUCACAUAUGUCUCUUGUAUAGAAUAAAUGACGAUAUAAGUAACAGUUGUAAAAUCGGUACUAUUAUUGUGUUACAAUAAUUUUUUUUUUUCAUUUCAGGAUAUUCACGAUUUUGAUUCGUUCGGACAUAAUAUUAACGGCGGCGACAGAGAAGAACUCAACUUCGAAAUUCCGUUUCUGACCAACGAUCGGACCGACAAAGUGUUUCUCGCUUCUGACAACCAGGUCAGUUUGUGAUUUGUGUAUUAUAUUGUAUUAAGGGGGAAAAAUUAUAAAAAUUUUGUUUUAUUUUAUUUUUCCGGUUUGUUUAUAUUAAAAGUAUUGUUGUUUCAAGGUGGUAAUGCCCAAAGAAGAUUGUGACGCCAUUAUGUUCGACACCUAUUUGGAACCAUCGUACCAAGGUAAAAACCACAGCAGUUGAACAUUUAUACAAUUAUAUCUACUAACUAUAUAGUAUUUAAUAUUGCAUUUUAUAAAACCGUUCGGUUUUCUUUUAUCAAUUUAUUGAGUGAACAAUUUUAUAUUGUCGAUUUUAUCCUCGAGUCGUAUAGCCGUACGAAACUGAAACAUAUAAGUAAUAAUAUAUAAAUGUCUCAAAUAUAUAAAAUCCUGUACGUUUAGAGGAGAUGGAAAACUAAAAUGAAUAAUAUUAUUCGUUUUUGGAAAAAAAAAAUUUUCAAAAGUAAUUUCAUUAUUUCGCACAUUUAAUAAUUUAUUUUUUCCGUCCCGAUAACUGCGCAGAGAUUUAUUAAUGCGCAUCCAUUAUUUAUUGGUUUAUUGAGUCAGUGUCGUAUUUAAUAGGGGAAAUUACGGCGAUAUAUCUUUUCACAUUGACGUUUUUUUUUUUAGUAUCUAUUAUUUAUAUGACUAUACCUGGUUUGUAAAUUUACAUUUUUUUUUUUUUUUUUUUUUUUGUGGUUUAGUUAUAACUACUACUAUAUUCUAUGAUAAAACAGUAUCAAUUAUUAUCAAUAAACUAAUAAAAAAUUAUUAAUUACUGAUACUUAGUUAUUUGAUUUAAAUGGCAAUUGUAAGACAGACUAAAUUAAGAAUUGCGUACAAAAAUAUCAUACAUGAAUUCAAAAUUGAUUUUCCUUUUGGUUAGCCUUAGUACAUUUUAUACAAUACGACACAAUUUUCCGCUAUGAUAUCUCUCUUCUUAGCAAAAUGUUUACUAUGUCACUGUUAGUUCAUACUUAAGGUAUUCAUUAUUUUUGUAAUACGAGUAAGUACACCUGAGUAUACUCCUAGUGUAUUGCAGUGUUCUAUAAAAUAACACAGUGCCCAACAUAUUGCGCGGAAGAAAAUUUAAACAAAUAUUUGUGAUUAUAACAAAUUUCAUUAAAAUUUAAACUUGAAGUGCCAGUGGCGUAACUUCAUUUUUUUUUUUAAAAUAACUAUAAAAUUAAUAGCUAGUUUCAUAAGCAUAUUAUUAAAAGAGAAACUUUGUAUUACUGUAGGCCCUCUAAGCAAACAGGCCAGGGUACUCUCUGAUCCUUCUAAGCUAUACCACUGUAAAACGUUUAAAAUAUAAAAAAUAUAAUCUACCGGCUUAAAGAUUGCCAAUAUUUUCAAUAUUUUUGUAUUACCAUAUACGAACAAUUUGUGACGUACCUUAAUGCAAGUAUUCGAGUAUUUAUUCCAAGCCACAGUAUGUUUAUGCAAUUUUUUUUAAAUUAAUUUUUGAUGAUUUAUGGGUAUAGAUUAUUUUAAAUUGACAAAAAAUCAAUAACUUCGCCUGAUAAUAAUCUGCUCAGAAUUGUUUUUUGUAAAAACGGUUUACCAUUGCGUACAGAAAUUAAAAAUUAUUCUAUGUAUUCAUCCUUCCCAUUUCUCUCUUAAAUUAGUGGCGCAAUCAUAAACAGUAUCUGACUUUUUUAAAAAUUGUAUUUUGUAUAAUAAUAUAAUCAACCAUAAAUUUAAUUUGAGUGUAUAUUUAUUCGUUCUCGUACUUAUACUCGGGGGAAAAAUGUAAAGUUUUGUGGACUUAAAAAGUUAAAACGUUAGACGGCGUAUAUAUAAUGCACGGUUAUAAAACGUAUAAAAUAUAAUGUACGCAUACAUUUGAAGAAGAAUUUCUUUAUUAACUUUUCAAAAUUAUCUGUAGCGUUAUCACGGGGCACGAAUAUGACAUGCAUAGGUAUAGUGUACUGUGUAUACGAAAAGCUGUAAGCGAUAUAUCUCUUUAUUGAGUGAAAAAAACUUUAUAAUAAUGUCUGUAUAAAGUAUAAUCGACUUUGACGCGAGUUUCUCGGCGAUUAUUUUCCCCGGUGAUAAUAAUAUUAUCGCAACAAAAAUGGCGGGCUGUUAUUAUAUUUAUUUUUUUUUUUUUACCCACGUGGAUCUAUUGAAAAAAAUACGUACAUAUAUGUACUAACACUGAAAAAUUCGAAAUUAAAACCGUCGCGCGUAUUUUUAAAACGAAGGGGCGUAACACGAAUGUUCAUUUUCGAUCAUUCAUAUUUCAGAAAAAAUAAACGAUUGCGCAAUAAACAUAAAAUAUAUUACGAACUUAUUUGAGGUAUUUUUAAAAUUAUUUAGAAACUAACUAAAACAAAUUACAAUUUUCUUAAAUGUAAAAAGUACUUCAGUGGUAUUGCACCGAAAAUGAAAUUUCCCAACAUUUAUUCGUCUUCAGCUACGUUGUAUAGAUUUCAAAUGCGAUAUCGGACGCUUCUUAUUUUUACUGACAUUAUUAAUGGCCUUUUUUUUUUUUUUUAAACAUUUUUUUUUUGAUAUUGGUUUUAUUUUUAAAACGUUUUAAGUGCCACCGUAGAAGUCUGAAUCUGAAUGUUCCCAUCCACCAGCAGUGUUGGGAAACAGUGUUUUAAAAAGCUGUUGAUUUAUUUGACUACGCUAGAAUCAAACAGAUGUAUUUUAUUUGGGUAGUGACGGAUACCGCCAAUAACGGUAAUCCGGAUAUUCUCGAAAUUACGUUUUUAAUACAAAAUGUCUUCCCCCCCCCUCCCGAGCGCACGAAAAUCUAAUCUAAUCUAAUGUACACGAAAAUUCGCCCGGACCGUUGAAUUAAAUUCGACGAAUUGAUUUCGCUAUAAAUUUUAUUACGCACGCAAACAGAAAAAAUAAAUAAAUAAAAACGCACACUCAUUGCCAUAUUUCAAUACGGGAAAAAUCUUUAGAUGGUUUUUUUUAUUUUUUUUUUUUCGCUGCUCACAAGCCCUCUAGACCGAUAUUCUACAUAGGCUUAAACCGACCCGUUUUUUUCUUUUGGUUUUACUCGAUCCGACCGACGUGUUUACAACGUCCCGUGUGUGAAUUCACCAAUAGUUCUCUGCGAGAAAUCGUAUCCCACGGUGAAAGACAGACCCGUGGUCAAAUUUCCAAACGGGCGAAAUAAUAAAUCGAAUGUUUUAUACAAGGACCCGGUAAUAGCACAUAUUGUGUAUUGUGUAUUCGUUUGCAGCGCGAAACGCAGCUCUGGUGCAAAACCUAGACGGAGCUCGUGACCCACAUAAAUCCCGUGGGGGGGGGGUAGGGGGGGCUGAGAGGGGGAGUGGCGAUAGCUAUUUGCGUGCACCCUAGCAGAAAACCCCGGGCCAAUUAUACUGUCGCGGCGGUGGCGGCAAGUCGACGACCUCUCGUGCGCUAACGAUUGCAGUUUUUCGAGAGAAAAUCGAUUGAAAUUUUUCGCUCCGCCACCCGCUCCGCGGCACUCCCGUUGUUUGUGCGCGGUGCGGUUUACCGCCACUGCCGCCGUCGCGUCGUCGUAGGUCGUGUAGACGGCGGCAGCGGGCAAAACUACAAUAUUCUAACGAUCCUCCCGCGUUGCGCAGUGCGGAGGCACCGUUCUCUCCCUAGGAUCCGGUAGAUGUAACACUGUUAUGAAUACGAGGACGAGAAAAAAAAAAAAACAGCUAACGUAUUCCGAUUCUACGGAAAUCGAGAUUUCCAGUAUGAUUUUCCGCGGAUAAAACGAUUGGAUUUCCUCGAAUUACAGCCCGGGUUUCGAUAAGCCAUCCGUGUGUUUCUAAUGAGAUUUUCGAUCCGUCCGAUUAGCGAUCCGCGUGUAGAAAAUCGCGCAAGUGGAAAACGAGAUCGGGACUCGAUCUCGGCGUCGUGCGACACAAUGCACGCAAAACGUUUGAUUCGUGUGGGCUUUCGCUUAAGUAACCGCAAGGCACUUCUCAAUAUCGUUUUUACCGUUGCUAUUCCCGAGCAGUUUUAACGGAGACAACAACGUUCUGGCAUUAUCCGUUUUUACAUUUUACCUGUGCGAUCUGUGAACGAAACCGCCGAGAGUACAGAAUGCCGAAUGAUAACGGCUCUCUGAUAAUACGUCGAUAGUUCAGACAAACAGUAACAGAUUUAUCGAAAACAGCGUUACUCGACCGUCAGUCCGACGUCCCAUCAGAUCGAACACCGGAUGAGUAAACGUUUUUCUAAUGAGGAACACACGGCAUAUACCUAUAUACAUGCAUGCAGUACUGCAGUGCUGCAUUCGCAUGCGUACGGUUUUUCUUUAUUACUCCAUUACUCCGAUAACGUUACUAUGUGUGUAUUUUAAGACUGCGGAAAAUUUCAAGAGAAUUCGGUUUUUCCCAUAAUUGCCGACUGUAUCGUGGAUUUGUUUUGUUUUUGAACAGAUUUUAGAUUUUUUUUUUUUUUUACUCAUAAAAUUGUCGAGGUAUACCGCGCUAUACCGUAAUAAAUAUCACGGGUAGAUAUGACACGGUCGCUAUCUUAACUCGAUCCCUCCACCGGCAUCGCUAUGUUUAUUUUUAGUUUCCGACUAUCAGGUGGUUCUAAAUACUUGACAAUGGUUUUGCACAGUUGGAUAGCAUACGCUUAAUGAUGUUUAUUUUCGUCGGGAGGGGUCUCCGACUCCUAUAUCGGAAAUCAAAGGAUACUGGGGGUUUUUUUUUGUUUGUUUUGUAACGUUAUUUAUUUAUUUAUUUAUUUUUUUUUUUCUAUACAAUAUCAUACAUUCUUAUUAAAUUUUGCAUUUCAAAGAAAAUGUUUACAUUUUUGAAAUUAGUUAAAAUUAUUAACCAGUUGGAGAGUUUUAGAUGUGAUUAAACUCACAGCGCACAAGGUGCUCACGUGUCCUGUUAUAAUAGAAAAACAAAAGACUUUCAGACGAACGUCCUCGCAAACGUUUAUCGUGUGCGGCUUAUCAAAUAUUAUAUUUGUAAACUGUAUAACCGUAUAAAUCCGAUUCGAUAAACUAAAUUGAAUCGUCGUCACAAAGGGGACUAUAAUACAGCGUGUAGUUCGCUGUUAAAUGCGCCAUCGAUAGCCAACAGUCGAGAAGCGAGUCGGCGUUCGAGUGCGCAGCGCAAACGAUCCAUUAAUUUAAUUUAUUUCGAAUUGAAAACGGACCGUUACAAUUGUUUCGCAUUUUUUUUUUUCCGGAAAGUAUUUUUCUAGGUCAUCGUCAACCGACCGCGUGUCUAUCAAUGACGUUGGAAUUAUCGCGCGCCGCGGACGAUCCAAAAAACAAAUAUUAUCAUUCCCGGUGGCGCGUAGUGCGCCGGUACGACCUACCUAGACAGUAUCACACUGACCGAUAUUCACCGCCGCGCUCGCGCGGUCCGUGCGCAGGGUUCGGUACCGACGUGUUUAUUUUAUUUUUUUUUUUCCACUCUGUUCGCAGGCGAUCCCCGCGACGGCGUACGAGCGUGCGAAUGGGACGGGUGCACGGUAAAAGUGGACGGGGCAGGUCAAGAACCUCUGGUGCGGCACAUCGAGAAACUGCACGUGGAAACGGUGCCCCGCGGCGCAUGCGCGCAGUACACGUGCCAGUGGCGAGGCUGUCCCAGACGUGUGCGGCCGUUCAACGCCCGGUACAAGCUGCUCAUACACAUGCGAGUGCAUUCGGGCGAGAAGCCCAACAAGUGCACGGUAAAUAUAAUUACAGGCCGUACGGUACAAAUAAACAAUCGCGUUGGGUUUUAUUUUCGGGUGGCGGGGGACAGCAGUGCGAGCCCUUUUUUCCUGAACGGGGGAUAGGGGCGCACUUUGGCCCGCGAUUUUUCCCCGCCGACCGCCUAAAAACGCGACACACGCGUGUGUAAAUUACGAAACCCAAACGGGCUAUCGAUCCGUUUAAAUCUGUAGUGUACAUUUUGUAUUUCUCUGUGUUUAAAACGGGCGCGUUGAACGGGCCGCCCGAACGUUUUCGAAAUCAUCGCACUAUCGGACUCCGGCAAAUCCGCGGAUUUUUCCCAUCGCCAACGAUUUGAUUUUUUUUUGUUUUUUUCGUUAACAGCCCAAGCGCUGGUCGGCAGCGAUUCUCCACUCCUGACGCUUCUCCGCUUUACUUUUUAAUUCGUAAUAAGAUCUGCGGUCCAUAUGUCUUACUACUUGACUAAUGUAGUCCAGCGGCGGUCGCCCUCUGCCGUUAUUCCCUUCAAUGGCACCUUCUAUUAUCCGGCUAAGUAGACUGUUUUGACGCGGUAUGCGUCCAAUUGACUUGGCUCUUCUUAUUUUUAAGGUCUUCGGAAAGCUUCGAUUAUACGAACGUGAAAUUAUCACGACAGUAUUAUUAUUCAGGCACGAUAUUGUGGAUAGCAGUAAAACUCGUCAACGAACGUUUUUAUCAGAAACACGAUGUUGAAUGAAAUAAUAAUGAAAAAAAAAAAACGUCCUCGUACGAACCUAACAACAUACUGCAGCUUCUAAAAAGCGUCCGUGUGAAAACUUUAAACUCAGACGUUGAAAACCCAUUAUUUGUAUAAGUACCGAUUUUAGAUUCUGAGCGAUGCGAGGAAUGUGUCGGUAUUACAACGAUGUUUAUUAUUAUUACAUUUUUUUUAUGCCGUGUAUAAAAUGUCUACCAGAAAUUUUGCUCCGAUUUUCUAGUGUAAAAUUUUUUUCUGAUAGGAAAUUUUUUUGGAGCGGUACUUUAAAGGGGUCAUUUUUUAACUUUUCAAGCAUUUUUUUAAAAUAAUUCGGAAAAACAGAAAAAAAACGUAGAAAAAACGGGAAAACCUAUGAAAAUUAUGAUUUUAUUAUUUUUGAUUUUGUUUUUUUUUUUUUGCUGUAAUUCAGUUGAAAAUGUUUUUUGAGACUUGAAAUAUUGACAGAAAUCUCAUAUUUGCUUUUUAUUGAAAUGUAGAUAUUUUCAAAAAUUCGAGCCGUUUUUGAACCAUUUAUAGCCAUUUAAAUUUUGCGAGUUUUUUACGUAAUAUUUGUUCGGUAGGUACUCUGUGGAUAAAAUCGCUAGACCGAACAGAAAUUCUCGACAAUUCAACAGGAGGUUCUUAAUAAAUUGUACUCAGUGGUCAAUGAGAAAAAGUUGAGUUUUAAUGCAGUAUUUAUUAUUUUUUUUAUAAGAAUCUUAAUAUCAAAUUUUCACGGAAACCGUAAAUAUUACGGCUUUUUAAACCAUGCAUAACCGAACCCCGUUCAGAAUCGCUAUUCGUUGGCAAUUAUUAAUCUUUGCGUACGAAAAUUCAUUAAAUUCUCCACUACACCCUACAUUCCCAACUUCGCACCUACAAUAGCGGCCCACUCGAAGUGUGUCCAACGUUUUGUUUUCGUUUCAACGAAUUUUUAGGGUGAUUUCAGAGCGGUAAAAAACGUAAUCAAUUUCAGUCGCAUUUGAAUGCAAUAAACGAUAUAAAGUUCAUGUCAUAAUUCCAAUAAAACUAUACUUCGCCGCACACCUUCCUAUCUGAUAUCGAAUUAGCAUUAGCGAGCGUGCGGUUAAUAAUAUUGCGUUUUGGCGAAAACACAAAAUUCUAUUUAAUAAUAAUUCAGACGUAUUCUCGAGCGGUUAUUUUCAAACACAACCUGCGACCGCUUGUUGUUCUUUCGCCUCGAUCGCUCUCGCUUUCGAAACAAAAUCGAGUGCAGGCAAUGUCGGCAGGUUCAGUUCGUUUUGAACCGGACUCGUAAUCAAACGCAAAUACGCGAGCGUUUCCCGUGUUCGACGGCAACAUUAACGAUGAUCCGAAAAGACAAAAGUGACCGGCGACAGUUAUUGCGAUUUAUUUGUGCCCGUCGUAGAAAAAAAAAAAAAAAACAAAAAACAAACCGAACACGAAAAUCCCGACGGGGCGGAUACGUCGACGUCGGGGAACCGUGCGCGGUCGACGGUUCGGCCGACCCCCCUCCCACCCCCCGCCGGCGCGCUCGUUAAUUUUUUUCGUCUUUUUAUUUCGCGCGUUUACGCGUAUUCCGUGGGGUGUUUUUGUUUUUGUUUUUUUUUGUCUUUUUCCCCGCGCGCCGUGUAACGUCGCGUAUUUUACGCGGCGACGAACCGGCCGCCGUUAUCGAUUCGUCGUUACCGCGGUGCGCAAUAAAUGUUCGGUUCGGCGCGACUCGCGCGUUGCCUACGCGUACGCGACAUUACAAUACGGGCGCACCGGCGUUCACAACGUUACAAUGCCGUUCGGGCGCACGCCGCCCCGCUUCCCGUAAUGGUAUAAUAUUACUGGUGUCGGCGGCUGAUUACCCGGCGGGUAUUCGUCCGGUCCCGGCGGGUAUUGCCGCACCGUACCUACCUACCUACCUGCCUACCUACCGCCCGCCUACCCACGCGCUAUCCGCUACCCGCCCGCGAGCGACGGCGCGCGUCUGUGUUUCACAACGUCACCGUUGUUAUUGCGAUACGCGAUUCGGUCCCGGGCGUCGAACCGACGGCCGCCGUAAUCGGGUGCACGCGCGCGCGCGCGAACCCCCGGACGGCCGCCCCUAUUGUUCGGCGCGCAUUGUUAUCACGUUAUACGCGCGUCGGCGUGGUCUUGUGCGCCGGACGCCGGGACGGCGGAUUCCCCGGGUCGGGGCGGAGCGGCGUACCGCGAAAUCACCCGCCGGCGUUCGCGUUUUUCUUUUCCCGCGUUUUCAUUCGCGCGCAUUCGUUUACGUUCGAAACGCUUGGACGACACUCCGUUUACCGUCGGCGGGAAUGAUCCGGGUUCGACGCAGUCCGAAUUUGCGGCAUUUCUCGUUUACGUGAACGGUGUAAACGGCGUAAAUUCAAAUUCCCGACUUAAAACCCCACGGCCUUUCCGCGUGCAAAUCAAGGUUUUUAGCGGUUUUUCCGUAGCGAUCUGCGGUGUAAACGCGUUCGGCCGAAAAAUAUCCGGCAUCCCGGAUGAUUUCUGGUACCGCGCGUCCAUCACGAUGACAACCCUGGCAAUACGAUUACAAAGCAUCGUGCGCACACGAAUAGUUUAGGUUAGAUCCGCAAUAACAAUUUUGAACCGCCCGAAUAUUACCGCGAAAUAAUUUCGACCUUUUUUUUUUUUUCCCCCUUUUGACGGUCGAAAUAUAACCGUCGUUAACUCGUAACAAUGCCCGAACGUCACGCAAGGUUCCAGGAAUUAAUAUAUCAAUGAUAUUAACAGUAACCCUUUUUAUGAACACCAAACAGAAAACAGAGCCUACAAUAUUCCCGUUAAAUAUCCAAAAAAAAACCUUUUGGUCAAUCAUUCAUCGGCUAUUUGGGGCCUACGUAUUUUAACUGAACGCCUUGCGAGGCGAAAAAAACUAUUCACACACAUCAAGGAAAUGUCAAAAAAAUUAUAUAUAAUUGAUUGUUUUUAGAAUCAGUCUAAAUUCUUAAAUUUUAUUUUAUAGUUAUCGCUUCAUUAUUAUUGUAUGUUAAGUGAAAAUUCAAGAAAUUGUAUAGUGUUUAGUUAACAACUUGUUUGUUUUUAUUACUCGUCUAUUUGUUGUGUAUCCAUUAUAUAUAAAUAUUAUUUAACGUACACAAUUUAUUACAUUUUUGUUAGAUUUUUUUUUAUAAAAGGUAUACUCUCAACCCCUCACACAAGCUUAGCUUAAGAGGGAAUGAUAAUCAUAAAACAAUAUAUAAGUUAAUGUGUCUAUAUUGUUAAUUUAUGAUGGUUAUAAUAAAAAAAAAAAAAAUUGAUUAUUGUUUUUGUUUACCAAUUGCAGUUUGCCGGCUGUCCGAAAGCGUUCUCAAGACUGGAGAAUUUAAAAAUCCAUCUGCGGUCCCACACCGGCGAGAAACCGUACUCGUGCCAGUUUUUGGGUUGCUCGAAAGCGUUCAGCAACAGUUCGGAUCGGGCCAAACACCAACGGACACAUUUUGAACAGGUGAUUAUCAUAUUAUACGUUUGUAUUUUUUUUUUUUUUUGUAGUAAAACUCAACACAAUAUUCUCAUCGUAUUAUAUUGUACACUAGCUGCACCGCCUGACAUUGUUGCCCUUGGCAAAAGAAAUAAUACCAAAUCUUAUAAUAGUUUUAUUUGUUUUAACUUUUUUUUUGUUUUAAUUUCGCUCCUAUCGUCCGAGUAACCCAUGCAUCAACAAAAACAAUUCGAUUUUCGUACCAUUUACCCUGUAUCAAACCCCCCCCCCUCAUCUUUAGGCGUCGAAUUCGAGGGAAAAAAAGAAGUCACGAAGCUGAAACUUUAUUCAGCUCAAUCCGUUCAAUGCUUCCGUCUAUCCAGAAAAACUUUCAAAAUGUUAUUAUAAUUUAUUAUUUGUAUUAGGGUAUUCGCGCAUGGUUCAUUAUAAAGUAAACUAUUAACGACUUAUACACCGAGACAUAUAUCCGUAGGGAAAUCGAAAAUAUAAAAUAAAACCCGCACAAAAAAAAAAAAAAAAUGAUAAUAAUCAAAUCGAAGAAGAAGAAUUUUAUCAUAAAUUAUUAAGUUCACGAAGGAAAUGUUCUCUCGAAUAAUCGUCACGGAGAAAAAAUUUUAGUAGAUAUAUUUUAAAGAUCGCGCGUAUCUCGAAAACAAUAUAAUUUUAUAACCGUCAUAAUAAUAUUUAUAUUGUUCUGUAGCUGAAAAUGUCGAAACAAGUCUGGCAUAUAAAUUUCGAUUAUAUUUAUAUUAUUAUACUUCGGUACAAUUUUCAUCGAACGAUUCGGAUAUAAAAUAAAUGAAUAUGAAAAUUAGCUCCGUGCGUUUUAUCAGAAAUUAUUUUUCGGUUAAUAUGAUCCGAUUAUUUCAUGCUAUACCUCGAAAAUUGCGGAAAUACUUGUGGUAAUCGUGGUAUUUUAUUUGAAAAAUUUUCCGAAACGCCCGACAUUUUUUAUAAAAAGAAAAAUAAUAAUAUAUCUGUACGUCGAUUGUUCUACGGUCAUAAUGGGAAAAACAUAACCGAUAAUAACUAUUACUUGUUUGCUAUAACUUUAUCAGUUAACCGAGAUUCUAUUAGAAUUGUUUUUUUUUUUAAUGCAAUGAUAUUUUGUUGCUUUCAUCAAUAUGUCGUAAACUAAAUUGCCUUAUAUCCUACACCUACGCUUCGGAAAAUCAAUUACCUGCAUUUUCAUUAAUGUAACGUCAAAAAAAAAAAUAUAUUUUACAACUAGAAUAUCAAAACAUUAAGAAUUUAAUUCAAGUAUUUAAAACGCAACGCAACGCUAAAAAUUAAUAAAACAUACGUUGGAAAUACGAAAACAAUGGUGUACACACGUUGGUGUUUAUGAAUUGCAUAUACAAAAUGCCGUCUAUAAAUAUACUUCAGCGAAUUCAUCAUUUGCACGAGGUAUUUAACAACGACAAUUGCGCCGUUAAUUUAAAACAAAUGGUUUAAAUAUCCAAUUGUAAAAUUCAAAAUAAAUAUGUUAUGCUAUACCGACGCGCGAAACAUAGUCGGAACGCGUAUGCAAACGUCUUUUCGAUCAUAUUAUAUUAGUACAUAAUUUUUUUUUUUUUUAUAAUUUUGAAUAAUCUCGAGUUUAACAAUAUUUCGUUUAACCCGUUUUAAAUACGGAGCUCAACACUCUUUAUUCCCAAACAUUUACACCUAAUUUUACCUAUAAUAGUAUAAAUAGUUUAUCGGUUGAACAUGUUACAUUGCUUUAAAACAAUAAAAAGAAAACUAAUCGUGGGUUAAUUCGGAAUCAAUUCACUAUUUAUUACGGUGUUAUGAAAAAAAAAAAAAAAAAAAAACAAUUUAUUAUGUUGGAAAAAAAUCUUUCAACGUUUUUUUUUUCUCCGAAAUGUUUUGGUUUUGUUAUCGAGUUCGCCUUAAACCGAAUGAAUAAAAAUUUAACCGACCAGGAACAUUCAAGAAUGGCUUUUCAAAAUUGUUUUGAUAUAUUAAAAAAAAACCAAACAAAAACAAAAACAAACAAAUACAUAUUAUACAAAAAACUCUAUAGCAAUAAAAUGUAAUAUACGAAAUGCCAUCGCAGCAGAUUGUCUCCAGUGUUCUCAGUAAGAUAUGAUAUUAUUCACCUAUUACUGUUUGCUCCGGUAAACGUAAUAAAUAAUAUAAUACGUUACACAAAUAGGUAUUUCAGUAUUAUAUAUUAUGAUGUUUUUUUUUUUUAUCGGUGUAAUAAUCAUUAUACAUUUCGAAUUUUUACAAAAAUCGCUUAACCUAAUAUUUAAAUAUUUUAUAUGGAAAUAUAAUCAAAUUUUUUUUUUUUUACAGAAACCUUACGCGUGCACGGUAACCGGUUGUAACAAACGGUACACGGAUCCGAGUUCGCUCAGAAAACACGUAAAAAAUCAUUCGCCACAUUUAUUCCCGGUUAGUAAAACAAUAUUACAUAAUCAUGUUUAUCUAAAUAUAUAUUUUAUUUAUACUUUUGACACCGACUAUAGUGUUUUGUUAAACUAGCGAAUUAAAAAAUGCAGAAACUGGUCAAAUUUGGUAUUCGAAAUUUUUUAAAACCCCUAUAUAGACCCUUAUUGAUCCCUGUGAUAUUGGCUAGGGGGGGUGAAUUUUAUACUUUCUGUGAAAUAUAAGGGAAUCGAUAAUCAAUAAAGAAUAUUUAAAUAAAUUUAUCAACUUUUCUGAGGGAAAUUUACCAGUGAGUGGGAGGUAAAGAUUAAAGGUUCACUAGUAAAAUAUUAUAAGUUAAUGGAGGGCAAUUUUCGAGAUUACAUAUUUUAUUGUGAGAAACUCUAAUAGUAAAAUCACUUAAAUAUAUAUUCAAAUACAAAUACAUUGGUAGAAUCGUUUUUUUUUAUAAAUCAAUAACUUAUAUUUAUUACUUAGCUCAUACUGGUUAUAUUAAUUACAUUAGUUAAAGCUUAUCUCGUAUAGACAUUUAAAAUUAAAAAAUUACAAACUUGAAUUAUUAUCGUAAAACCCAAAAUCCGGAUUCGUCGAAUUUUCGGCAAAUCCGGAUUUGCGUCGCACCGCUAUUUAAAAUAUUCUAGUAUGUACUUUCUUAUUCACGAUACUCUGUAUAGAGCCGAUUAAUUGACGCUAGUAAAAAAUUAAAAAAUACAUUUUUGAUUUUCAUAUGUUUUUUAAUAAUUUAGAAACAGUGGCCAAAAAACGUACAGAAAUGUUUGGCCGAUUCCGAUUUAUUAGCCACCGAUACGACGAGAGACGUUCAAAUGAUUUGUACGUAUUGUAAUAAUGUAAUAUUUAAAUUUGGUUUUUUUUUUUUUUUUAAAAAAAAAAGACGAUAUAAUAAACUCGUGAAACGUAUUUUUAAAUAGUAUUUUUUUUUCCCCCCGCGUGUUACAGGUUAUCCCGACGAAAAGCAAUACAAAAUCAAAUUGGAAAAGACUCAGUGGUGACGAAAAAAAAAAAAAAAAAAAAAUUAACCAUUUAUCUCGACCGUUGAAAUAAUUAGCGAAAUAAAUAUGUUAGGUUUACCCAUAAGUCUGUGAUUGUACAAAACAAAAUGACGUACGUUAUUUUAAAUACCAUUGAAAAUCGUGUUCGAGUCAACGGACACGGCGGAAGCGCAGCCAUGAGGCAGUCAUAACAAUUCCCCUCAAUCCCCGAAAUAGGUUUUUUCGCAAGAGGAUCGCAAAGUUAAACCGUUAAUGCCGAAAUACGUUUCCGGCUACGCCAUGCGGAUGUGGACAUAUUAUACAUAUAUGUAUAUAUAAAUUAUUAUUAACUAUUGUUUUGUCGAAGUGUGGCCGAAUAUGGAUAAAAAUUAACUGCAGUUCCGGACGAGUUAAUUUUCAAAAAUAACACAAAAUUAUUACACACGUUAGAACACUGCCUAUUUAUUACACGACAUUACACUUUUUAUUGUUUAAUUCAAAUUUUAAAUAUCGAAUCGUAAUCGACGAGUUACACUAUUGCUUCUGAAACUACAGAAACUAAAUUACAAUUGUUUUCUAUUUGAAUCACUUUUUCUUUGUCACGCUCCAACUAUCUCCUUUCGGACAAAAGUUUAUAUUUGUUUUCCAAAUAACUUAUAAACGAACUGAGUUACUUACGAAAUACACAUAAUACACAGCGGGUUAACUUUUAAUAUUUUUUAAUUUACUAUAUUUUAUAUAUUGUCAUUAAUAUUAUUGAAUUAUUUAUUGUAAUGUAAUGUAUUUGUGUAUUAUGAUAUUGUUAAAACGAAUAGCGAAAUUAUUCUAAAUAACCCGCAAGCAACUUAAUAUAAUUUAUCCAGCGUCCACCUAUCAAUAUUCCUCAAUAUUCCCAAUAUAUCAUAUUAUUUUUACUAAAUUUGUUGUGGGCAAACGAGUACUAGUAUUUAGCUAUUUUCCUGUUGAAAACCACCCGCCCCUAAAUCUUAAAAAAAUUGAGAAACAAUAAUUUCUCAAAGACCGCAUUCGUUUUGCCAUUGGUCAAAAUUACUAAUGACAGGGCCUCAUAAUGAACCUACUCGUAUAAAACAUGUUAUUAAAAAUUAUCGAGGUACGUACUUAAUUUCAUUUAUAAAGUGUAAAUUAACGAAAUUAUAAUAAAUUAUGUAACAUUAUUACCUUAAACUGAAAAUAAAUAACAACUGCC